GACUAGUCCUGCUCCAGUUUUCGAUCUCUUCGUGAGGAAAGUUGCGAUCGCUUUGGGGUCGAUCUGGGGUGCGCAAUUGGGCUGUGCCGGCCCUUUCGAUCGAACGGAAUGAAUUUUCGCAUGUUUUGUGCUUCCUUUUUAUUCUUAUUUUUUAUUUUUUCCAGCGACAUUCUUCCUUUUAGAUGAUUGAGAAGUCGCAAGUUACUACAUGGGAAUUGUCAUUGUCCUGGUGUUUUUUGGAUCUCACUUCCCUCUCAUGCCAAGUUUGAAUCCGUUCUCUUUGUCGACGCCGUCAUUGAAGGUUUAAAGUGAGAUCUUUUACAAUAUAGAUGCUAUGCAGAAGUCUAAUGCUUUCUGGAUACAAUAUUAAGAGGAAGAAUUCACAAUUCCAUCAGUCUGCUUUAACUGUAGUCACCUGAGAAACGAUUUUUGUGGUUGAUGGGUUUUCAGAGAUAGUGAGUUAACUAACAGAACCUUACUUGGACAGAUUUAAGAUGUUUGUGACAUUCUCUGAGUUCUACCUGCUUUCAGUGUCUUAAAUUCUAAAUUGAAGUGAGCUUAGAGUUUUGCUCCGAAUCGGAUACUUUUGAUCUGUUGUUUGGAGUCACUAUUCUUUACAACGUUAUCUCCAUGACGCUUUCCAAUAGUGCAGCCCCACCUAUGCAGAUAUCCGUAACUUAUAGAGAAUAUUUAUGAGAUGCCAUGUAUGAAAUGUUGUUUGUUUAAGCUUCCAGUGGCAACUUGUUUUCGCGGAUGUGAAUUGCAUGUGCAGAAAGGAUCAAAGACUGCAGCAUACCAGAUACGACUGUAUCAAAUGGGGGGAGUGUGGAUAUUCAAGGACGGAUUUACACAACUCGUUGAAAAUCCACUUGCGGAACCACUGGAUGGCAGGAACAUGACUGGAGUUCGGCGCAAAGUGCUUGUCCAUGUGGCAACAAAUGAGUCAAUUAUAAACUACGAUCAGCUUGAGCAGAAACUGAGAGAGAAGGGGUGGACUCGAUAUUAUGCUGGUGACCCCAACCUGCGACAGUACCAUAAAAGCGAUUGUACCAACGAUCUCAUUUCCUUGCCUAAAUCAUUCGCUUACAUUAGAACCAUGCACAUGUAUGAUAUUGUGGUCAAGGUCCCAAAUACCUUCGUUGUUCGAGAUUCCUGAGUGGCAAAAAUUAUUAGUCAGGAUCAGCCGUACGCUAGAAGAGUUCCAGAGAGGGGGAAAAUGUUGAAAGUCUAGGUAAAGAUAUAUUUGGAAUCCGGUACCAUGAACAGUUCUUAAUACGAUCUACCUUUCUUAAUCCAGUUUCUGGCAUUUGAUCAAGUUGGAGACUAUCAGUGUGGUAGUAAUUGGCACAA